AUGUUUGUUGUGUUUGGCCUCAUCUGGUGGCAGGAGCUGUUAGUCUGUGGUACCCUCUUUUCUGUGUUCUUGUGUCUUCAGAAACUCAGCGAGCUAACCUCCGAGGAGAUUGCGGAUUUGUUCACAGCCGUGCAGUCUGUGGGGGAGCUCGUGCGGCGCAUGCAUAACCGACAAGGUCUGACCGUCAGCGUGCAAGACGGAGCAGAGGCAGGACAAACCGUGCCACAUGUUCACGUGCAUGUUCUUCCCCGCUCCUCUUCCGACUUUAAGAGGAAUGAUGAGGUCUACGAAGCCAUAGACGCCACAGACAUGAACAGGGAAAGCCACAGUGGACCAGACUGCGAAGAGAGGCCCCCCAGGACCAGCGAGGAGAUGGCGCAAGAGGCCGACGCCCUCAGAGUCUUUGGACAAAAGCUUAUUUUGGAGAAUGCAGCAACCCUGGAUGCACCGUAA